UAAAGGGUUGAGAACUCAGGCAGUUUACCUGCCGAGGUAAAGGGGUUGAGAACUCAGGCAGUUUACCUGCCGAGGACAAACCAUGUUGACAACCGUCAUCCAUACCGGUACACUCCGACGCCACACUUUUGUUGACCCUUUGCGGCUACUUUGGUGGCGAUAUUGUCAUGGAUUCUGCUUCUGCUGUCCAUCAUGGUGGUCUUCCUCUCCCUCUCUACCACUAAUAGAACAGUGGGAAUUCGCCGUCCAUCAAGUCCUCGCCAACAAUUCGCCACUGUCGCUCGGGAUAUCAGAACAACUGCAUGAUUGCUUGUUGGUGGUACCGUCGGUCGAGACGACAACAUGUACUAACAAUAAUGAGAAGGUUCUCAAGAAGAAGAAGGAGAAGAAGGAAGAGGAACCAAUGAAGGAGUUUCCGAUUCGUGGACUACCCUGUCCACCCUACUACAAGACGUUGGGACGGCGACUCUGUGCUCUCCACAGCCUGCAACACAACAAUAUCAAACAAGAUCAGUCUUUGCUGAUAUCACCGCCUGAAUAUUUUGCCGUGCCUGCCGAAGCGUUGGGAUUCACAGAACUCAUGGCACCGACCAUGGAUAGUUUGCCAACAAUGGCAGACACAGUCGUCUAUCCCACGGUAUCAAGUGUCAAGACAUGGAUACAAAACGCCGGUGAUGUUGGAAUUGUACGGUUGUUGGGUAUGAGACAAACCGUGGGAACCACUACUAAGCCUUGGGUAUUUCUCAUGCCACCGUGCCGCAAGGACGCACUACUAAAAGCCGCCAAUCAACCACACAAGGCAACCAAACUGACUGUGGCCGGACGCGCAAGGUCCAAACAUGCUCAUCGCGGAACCAAGGAUCAAUUCUUUGGAAUCGCCACGGGAUCGAAAGAAACAAAAAACAUUCAUGCGGCUGCCAUUGUCGAACGCAUUUUAGACAAAGCCGUGUGGAUCAAUUUGCACGUGUUUGGUGGUAUCGUCGACCCCGUAUUGGAAUGUCGAUUGGAAAAUGGAUACGGAGCGAGAUGGGCCGUCGUGAUGGUAGAGGAGGAGAGUGCUGUGGAAUUCCGGGGCUUUGUGGAACCACAAAUGCCAGAUGGACAUGAAAAGGGAUGGAAACACUAACUAAUAGCUACCUGAUAUAUAGGUUGGAGGCCUCCUGU